AUGGAGUUGGACACGCUGCCGCUGAUCGAGGAGCUUCCGGACGAUGAUGGUGACAACACUGGGGCUUGGCAUAGCACUGCUUUGGUUUCGGAGUUUGACUUUUACGAGGGUGAAGAAGCUUGGGAUGAGUAUGGCUGGUGGGAUGAGUCCGAAAUUCCUGCUGAAGCCUAUGAGUACAUCAGGGCAGUCAGUGCGUGUGAUGGUUGGUACAGUGACUCUAGCGCUGAGUUUGAAGCGGUAGACUGUGCAAGCAUUGAGUGCUUUGAGCUAGAGUGCGAGCUCCCUUCCACCAGCACGCUUUGCUUCGAACUUGAUCGUGACAGCAGUGGAGAUGAGUUUUUCCAAGAGUGCAGUUCUGAAUGCGACUGUGAAGUUCGUGCGGUGAGCUGCCCUACAGACCCUUCCGAGCCCUGUGAAGUCAUCUUGGAUUCAGGUGCUGAUGUCACGGUGCUCCCGGCGCAUCUCUUCAGUACCGUCGGUGUUGCCGAGAAGCAGACCACCCGGCUCUUGGAUGCCCAAGGCACGCCGAUCCCGCAGAUGUCGCAGAGAGCCAAUGUUUCUUUCGUGGUGCAAGGGCUUGAUGGUCGGGAGAUUGUGUUUCGAGAUCGAGCUGUGCUAGCAAAUGUGAGGCAGCCGUUGUUAUGCGCCGGUAAGCUGUUUCGUGGUGGCUGGUAUCCGAAAGCUAGUGCUACAGAUGACGGCAUCAUGGUGAUGUGCAAGGGCGAGCAAGAGUUUCCCCUCCACUUUGCCCGAAACUCUGUUGCGGCCACCAUGCGCAUCCUGAGGACCGAAGAAGCCUGUGUUCGCAUGGUGAUUGAGGUGAGCGAUGAGUUCCUAGCGGGACUGAAACGGCAAGGCUGGCAAGUGACUUCGGGAUCUAUGCCCACACACGUGCAGUGGAACUCGACAGUGACUGCAGACCCCAGCCAGCUUUAUGAUCCCGAGAUCCUGCCUCUUCGUACGACUUUGGUGCACAAAGGGGAGAACAAGUUUGAGAUUUUUGAGUGCGGUGAGAAUUGGGAGUUGAAGCCUGUGGUGGAUAUAGGGUGCCAGCCGACUAGGAUCGUGACCUUAUUGACUCGGAACGCCUUGGCUGCCACUGACCUGGGAAAAGUUGUCGUGGACCCUCAAUCACCUCUGGUUCCCAGGUUGCCGGCUGCGUCUCAAGAAGGAGCUGCCGAACCUGAAGAAGCAGAUGAUGGAGUUCAACAGCCAGGCGCGCCCGUGGCCGGACCGGAGAUGCAGGAAGUUCCUUUGGAAGGCGAGGUAGUGAAGGUUGGUGACAAGGAGUUUCGUGAAACCUCUAGCCUUCGUGAUCUUCGUUGGGCGUGCCGCUACCUGAAGAUUCCGCAGAGUGGCGCUAAGAGUUUGUUGUGGGCGCGUUUGCAGAAAGAGAUUGCGCUUAACAAGCUUAAGUCAGCCGUGCAAGCAAGUGAUGCCAUCAUAGCAGAGUACACCCCUGACGUUAAUCACGGAGGAGCUGAGAAUGAUGAGCACCCCUUGACGACCCAGUUGGACAACAGACCUGCCGUGGAGGAGCUGGUCAAGAUGGCUUCGAUCCUCGGCUUUGACCAGGUCACGUUUAGAGGGGACAGCGAGCCUUCAAUGAAGAAGCUUUUGCAGAUGGUGCAGAUGGCUAGGACACGGUUGGGGUUAAAGACUGAGAUUGAGAUGGCAAACCCCGGCUCCAGUGAACAUCAGGGAUUGAGAGCAGAGCGUUACAUAGAUAAAGUUCGCCGCCUUGGUCUUUGCCUCUUGCACACCGUGUCUGCAAAGUCGAAAGUCGAGCUGAAAUCGAGCCACCCGCUGUACCAGUGGAGCUUCAGACACGCAGCCUUCUUGCUGACGCGUUACCAUGUCCACGCAGAUGGGGUCACAUCGUUCGAAUUGGUUCACGGGCGAAAGUUUGAUGCAAAGAUUGCCGCGUUCGGGUCAGUCGUCUCUUGCCAACUGUUGCCCAAACCAAAGACGAAAGGGAUUCCAUGGGAGAAGUGUGUGUACCUCGGGCGUUCUUCAAUGGGUUCUUUGAGCAUCGUCUCUUCCAGCAAGGGCAUAGGGUAUGCACGCACAGUUCGAAGAGCAGCUGAAGUAUAUCAAGCAGAUGCUUUGUUGGCAAUGCGCGGUGUUCCUUGGAAUCCUGUACAAGAUGUAGUCACUAUGCGUGUUCCCCGGGGCCCUCGAGUACGGGUUCCGGUGCUUGUGGAUGCAGCACCUCCUGCUGCGCCUCCCGGCGACGAAGCAGCCACGGAUCCUCCAACCUCGGCGAGUUCAGAAGCACCUGCAGGUAGCCCUGGAGAGAGCAUCUUAGAUGGGUUGAGUGGAGCUGCCAGCAACAGCUCGCGCGAGCUCAUCCCAGCCGACAUGGAGGUUGGAAGGGUUGAGUGGUUUCCAGUUCGUGUGGUUGAUGCAGAGCAGCCGCAUGGACAUGAAGACGACAUCGUUGUGUGCGACCCUGAAGAGAGUUUGAACCCACAGUGCGACGAGGGCUUUGCAAGUGAAGAAGAAGGUGUCCCUGAAACUUCUGACGGUGAGAGAGGCGAUGCAGGGAUGCCUUGGGAAGGCCGUGAGUAUGUAGAGGGACCCCCAGAGCUAGAAGCCCAGGCUUUGGCUGACCUCGACAAGCAGAUGGAGCUCAAAGAGCUCGACCGCCUCCUUGGCAUGACAGUGCUGAGGAACAGCUCACUGGAGCUGCUGAGCGUCGACAUCACUGACGCUUACUUGCAAGUGAGACAGAGGCGGCCCACGUACAUCCAGACCCACAUCGGCGACCUAGAACUCCUUUACAAUCUACCUGGUCAAAGAGCAGGGGCAAAAGAUUGGUUCACCCACCUCCUCGGGAUCCUAAAGAACAAAGGCUUCAACAGUUUCAUUAGCAACCCCUCUCUGUUCUGCAUUGAGCAAAAUUUGGCGCUGAACAGUCAUGUCGAUGAUAUGCAAAUUCUAGGACCCAGGGGUGCACCCAUGCAAUUGGCCAAUGACCUCAAAGCUGGAGGCUUGAGAUUGAAAGUGGAUGGUCCUGUUGACUUGGCUGGUGGCUGUUCCCAUUUCUUGAAAAAGAAGUUCCAAGGGCUCGGUGAUGCCAUUGAGGUGACCCAGGAUACGAAGUAUGCAGAAAGGCUUCAGUCAAUCCUUGGUUUGGAAAAGCUCACGGCAAGCAAAAUCCGAGUCCACCCAAGAUUCCCGCGCCAGGGCAAGGAGCGAGCCUGGUUGGAGAAGACCAAGCCAGGGAAGACCUUGAAGCAGAAGUGGGACGGUGUAGAUCCUGAUGAGCCCGAAGACCCCAACAUGCCGUUUGGAACACACCAUGUGUUGGAGGUAGUGACUGACGCAGAUUGGGGAAGCCAAGCCUUCUCAGAUCGGAGAUCGAUCUCUUCGUUCUGCAUAUUCAUCAACGGCAACCUGUGCCACGCAGGUAACAAAGUGCAGAAGACGAUCAGCCUCAGUUCUGCCGAGUCCGAGCUGAUGGCCACUUUGCUCGGACUCUCGGAGGGAAUAUUCCUUAAGCACAUGUUGCAGUUUUUGGUUGGUCCCCAAGCUACGGUAAAGUUGGUGCACAUGGUCGACAACGCGGCUUCCCGAAGUAUCCUCCAACGCCAAGGAUUAGGGAGGAUGAAUCAUCUCAUGAAUCUCAUGGGCCUCGGCAUUAACCACAGUGCGAUCGUGAAUCAAGUUAGUGCCAGGCCAAUCGCGACCAGCAUGGGGUUGAGUUCCGAGUUCCUGUUCGGCAUGAGUGCGCAGGAGCUUCACUUCGCAAUGUUCUUUGUGACCAUGUUGUGCAUGAUCGGACUGGUGAUGUACAUGGCGCCCAAGCGGCGCUGGAAUCGCGAGCCCACAGCUCCCCGCGACAACAUGAACCAAGUGCGAGACAGAGUACACCAGUGGUUCUCCAGGGAGUUGGGAAUCACAGAGAGUGGCAUCGACCAGACCUCCUUCGCUAACAACGGCGAGCCUGGCGGCACAUGCGAGGACACCAGUUGGAGGACGAAUCAGCCCUCAAGUUCAGUAGCCCGUGGCGGUGGUGACGAGAGUUGGCUUCUUUGUCCGUUUGAGGGUGCACACAGCAGUGACGACGAAGGCCAAGCCAACGAGGACUACACCCAGAGCUACUACUACGACGGCGAGGACCAGGAGGAGCACAACGAAGUCGAGAAUGAGGCGCAGGACGUUCCUCAUGAUCCUCGUGCUGAUCCUGGUGUGGACAAGGUCUACAUCAUCGGCGAGCCGAAGCGCGGCAAGAGCUAUCAUAAGGCUACGUGUGGAAACGUAGUGCGUUGGAUGAGCCACCUUCCAUCCAAUGUCACGACGAUCGACCGCCGAGUUGCAGUGAACAAGUCCGGCCAGUCGGCUUUGGAGCUCGCUCGCGAACGCGGGCGAGAAUCGGCGCUCAGGCUAGAGAAACUGGUUGCGGCGGCGGCGGCGGGAGCCGUGGCAACAUCAGUUUCGGCAGGCCAAACUCCCAACGCAGCACCAGCCGCGACAAGCUCGGCGCCGGGCACACAUUCGGGCAGCAGUGUCGACUUCCGAAUUUUGCCUGCUCAUGCGUGGCAGCGGUUGUACCAAGAUUUCGCGCCAAUCACCCUUGCGCCGACCAAGCACCCCGUAGCAAAAAGUGCUGUGGGGUCUGCCCCAGACUUCGCCGCUUGCGACUUCCGCAGUUUGUCGGCACCUGCUUGGCAGCGGCUGUACCAAGAUUUCGCGCCAAUCACCCUUGCGCCAACCAAGCUCCCCGUAGCAAAAAGUGCUGUGGGGUCUGCCCCGGACUUCGCCGCCUGCGACUUCCGCAGUUUGUCGGCGCCUGCUUGGCAGCGGCUGUACCAAGAUUUUGCGCCAAUCACCCUUGCUCCAACCAAGCUCCCCGUAGCAAAAAGUGUUGUGGGGUCUGCCCCAGACUUCGCCGCCUGCGACUUCCGCAGUUUGUCGGCUCCUGCUUGGCAGCGGCUGUACCAAGAUUUUGCGCCAAUCACCCUUGCUCCAACCAAGCUCCCCGUAGCAAAAAGUGCUGUGGGGUGUGCCCCAGACUUCGCCGCUUGCGACUUCCGCAGUUUGUCGGCGCCUGCUUGGCAGCGGCUGCACCAAGAUUUCGCGCCAAACUCCAGCACAGAAGUUUCGGUGGUGGCGGCGGCGCAGCCUAGUCGGCUACCACCAAGCUCCCCGGAAGAGUCCGAAGAGUCCGAGGAGGAGACUGAGGACGACAUCGAUGCCCAUGCCUCUCCAGAGCUAGGCGCAGAGAAGCGAGGGGUGGUGGCCGCUUUACCGCCUUGGGGGUGCGAGGCCUCCGACGGACCUCGCGAGCGGAAGACCCCUGGAGGCAGCGAAGCAGCGAAGAGCGCCGCUGUGGAGCAGCGCGCUGAGCAGCUGCCGGUGCUCCGGUGGCUUUGCUCCGUCAUCGAUGCAAGGCUCAAGGUGCCCUUGCCACCCGCACACGCACGGCAAGUUCGCGGCCUGCUGCCUCUAGGUGGCCUGGACGCAGAGAAACUUUGCGUGCAAGACCUGAGCGAUGGACGGCUGCUUUGUGCUCUUGUGAUCUCUGUGCGACCCGACGUGUUGCCGAAGGCCAAUGCCGUGGCCCUCGGACGUCUCGCCCAAUUCCUGAAGGCCUGCGCAGCCUUGGGGGUAAAGCAGGUUUCCCUCUUCACCCCACCAGACCUGCUGCCGGAGCCAAGCAAUCCGCCCGCUGUGCUCCGCUGCUUGCAGGACAGGGGGACAGGGGAGCCGGACUUGCGUUCGUGA